AUGCUCUCUGAAUCUGUCUCCAAUGACAUGGCCUUCCAUCCUUCCACAUUUAUUCUACUUGGAAUCCCUGGGAUGCAAGACCAGCAUGUUUGGGUUGCCAUCCCCUUCUGCUCUAUGUAUAUCCUUGCUCUAGUUGACACUGGCACCAUUCUCUAUAUUAUCAUGAUGGAUAGAAUUCUACAUGACCCAAUGUACCUCUUCCUGUGCCUCUUUUCCAUCACCGACCUUUCAACCACAUUGCCCAAAAUACUAACAAUCUUCUGGCUUAGGUCCCACGUAAUUUCCUACCAUGGCUGCCUCACUCAGAUGUUUUUUGUUCAUAUAGUCUUUGCUGCAGAGUCAGCUGUUCUGCUGGCCAUGGCUUUUGACCGCUAUGUGGAUAUCUGCCAUCCACUUCAUUAUACAUACAUCCUCAAUGCCACGGUGAUUGGGAAGAUUGGUCUAGCAUGUGUGGUCCGUGGACUUCUCUUUGUUUUCCCCUUUGUCAUCCUCAUUGAAUGCUUACAUUUUUGUGGACAUCACAUCAUCCCCCACACCUACUGUGAGCACAUAGGCAUUGCCAAGCUGGCCUGUGCUGGCAUCAAGCCCAACACCAUUUAUGGUCUCACCGUGGCACUUUCAGUCACUGGCAUGGACGUGAUCCUCAUCGCCACCUCCUAUGGCCUGAUCCUGCGGGCUGUGCUGCACCUGCCCUCGAAGGAUGCCCAGUUCCAAGCAUUUAGCAAUUGUGGAGCCCACAUUUGUGUGAUUCUUGUCUUCUAUGUUUCUGCCUGUCUUUCCUUUUUCACCCACCGCUUUGGCCACCAAGUACCUCCUUAUGUCCACAUUGUACUUGCAAAUCCCUAUCUCCUCAUGCCCCUUGUUCUCAAUCCCCUGGUCAACGGCAUUAACACCAAACAGAUCCGCCUGAGAGUAUUUGGCUUUUUUAUGGGGAGAAGGUAG